AUGGCUGCCCAGAACCAGAACAUUGACCUUAACUCUAAUCCGAACAGAGAGCUCCUUUUUAUGAUUACCAAAUUCCUUGAAAUUAAAAACCUGACAGAAACAGCUCGGACCCUUGAACGCGAAUCAGGCUUUUACUUCAACAUGAGGUAUUUUGAGGACUUGGUGCACAAUGGAGCGUUCGAUCAAGCCGAGGAAUAUGUCGAUGGCUUCACCGAUGUCCAUGAAAACUCGUUCUCGACCAAGAUCUAUUAUGAACUUAGAAGACAGAAAUUCCUUGAAAUCCUGGAAGAGGGAGAGCGUUGCAAGGCUUUGGCCAUGCUCAUGCAUGAGUUCCGCGACUUUGCACCCUAUAACAGAAGCUUGUGCGGUCAAGCCGCUGCGCUUUUGACUGUGGAUGAUUUCAGGACUUAUCAAAUACGCACUGGUCAUGGAAACAUCAACGAAGCAAGAAGAUUGACUAUGGAUGAGAUCCGAAGGUGCAUCCAUGUGAAUCCAGCCUUCAAUGGGAAGCUAGAACCGCCAGAUAUUAUAUCCUCCUUGCAACGUGCCUUUAUGCUUGCCAACUCAAGGAACCAGCAGCAGAAUGAAGUUGGUGGAGAUGUUCAUCCUGCUCCGCCUAAUAAUUAA